CUUCCUGUUCCUGUUUUAGAAUGAUCUUGUUGUCUGAUUUGCCCUCAGAAAAUUAAAAAUUCUGGUGUCACAUUUUACCUCUUUCCAAUUAAGAAAAAAACUACUUAUAAAAUUCUUGUCAAUUUCAACCCAAUGUUUGCCUGGCACCAAUGAAUCUUUCAUAUCGAAGGCUAUCGAAAGCUUCCUAAAGUGACAAUGACUGCCCUAAUUUAAGCUGAGCGCCAGCUCUUCUUGAGAGUUGGCAUACCGAUCACCCAAGUUUGACAAUGGCUCCCGCCUCAACCUUUUGUAGCCUGUGUACCCAUAGGCCAUCACUGCUGCACAAAGACGAGAGCAAUUUCGUUUGGAAAAGAAAAACUGUUGACUGAUUCUGCCUUUAAAUAUAUAGGGGAAUUUAAAUCUGCCUAUACUCUAGAUUUCUAUCUCUGGUUCCCUUUUGUUUUGGUUGGUGAUUUGUCAUAUAUUGAGAAUUCUGAACUGCAGUACAGGACAGUUAUGUGCUUCAUAAAACUCCUUUUAACGGAAGUCUUUGUCCCGUAGAAGUGCACUGUGUCAGUGUGUGUGGGACGUGCUGUGUGUCAUCUGUACUGAUUGUCGAUGCUCUUAAAACUUGUUGAGGAGUUUUUAAAAAUGACUGGAGAAAUGUUGCGGCUUCGGAGCCGAUCUAUCAAAAAGAGGAUAAGGUUAUCCCGCCGCAUGAUGCCUGUGGCACCAACGGGUAGGGAAGGUUCUGAAAACACGAAACCUCUGGCGGGCACUUGCAACCUUCCCAACAUUGCCAAAAAGAAGAUGACCACGCCAGAUGUACAGUUGGUCGACCUCACUGGGAUGGCUCCCACGUGGGAGAAGACGAACCGGCAAGAUUGGUGGCAGACGUCAACAUCGUUAACUAGUCACUCUUCGCCGCCAAUUCAGAGGAAAGAGUUGCAAGAAAACGUGAACCUCCAAAUGAAUGGAAUGACUAGAUCUCAACCGCAGUUCAAAGAUGCUGAAAAACCUGUUGUACAGCUUUAUGUCUGCUUUUUCUGUGAGAGGGACUUCCAAAACAAAGACAUGUUACAAACGCACCAGAAGAUCUGCACGCUGCGUCCUGCCCAUUUACAGGAUCUCUGCACACCGAACAAACAGUCACGACCAAGAGUCAAUAUUGCUGACCCGAGGAAAAAUAUGUACGUAACAACGCUUGGGUUGCUACCAGCUGAGAAAGCAAAACAUAUGGAACUGGCUCAUCGAAUCAGGCGGGAUAGUCAGAUCGAUUGCGAUCUGAUCGAGGUUGAUCAGGCGCCUGUGAUUACUCCCAGGACACCGACAACACCGCGGACGCCGAAAUCGUUGAUAUCUUUCAAUACGCCCUCUAUCAGUAAGCAACAAGAAGUUUGUUUAGUGUCUAGUGACGAUGACAGCGACGCGGGUAGUUCCGAUGGUUCACUGUUGGGCAGGCAGGACUAUAUCUGUCAGGCACCCCUGAUGACAAUCGACUUCAGUUCACCUCUGGGUGUGAGGAUCAAAGGUCAUAUAAAACAGGUCAAUAAACCAAACAUUAAUGACUACGAAAAAUUCUGUCGGACGCCAGUUAAAAAUCGAUUCAAAGAACGGCUCCGAGAGCGUGAUUCGUUUGCUGCAGUUACUUUCAAACACAAGCGACAUUUUAGAAAAUUCUAUCACACAUAUCGGUUCUCAAAAGAUGAUUCAAGAGAGUUCAUGGAACUUGCUAAGACUGGUUUGAACCGUCAGAGUCGGGAUAGGCUUAAACAUAUGAAACCGUGUCGCGUUGUACUGAAACGCCUUAUGAUGCAUCAAAGUGUACUAGAUGCUAAGAAGUCAAAUGUUUCCCUCUUGCCAGCACCGCUGUCUCCGGAGAAAACUGAAAUGUGUUCGCGGUCGUCAAGUCCAGAUUCUCUACCAGAUCUGUCUUGCACCUUCCCCUCUACCCCUGUCGUUAAGUGUUAUGAUCUUAAAUCACUGCUUGGAGCGACUCCGUCUAGGUUGGCCGUUCUAGAUAAAAACUCUGAAGAGGUUGAUGAACACACUCGAAACAGGGUGAUUGUGUACAAGGCCAUUCUUGCAGAUGCUAUGCAGGACUCCGAGGGUGAAUCCGGUCCGAGUCGACCUAAUGGACAAUUUGUUGCUAUGAGGUCUCUGUUGAGGCGGGGAAAUCCUAAUCCCUUGCCGACAUCACAACAGACACGUGCAAAGCUUGCAAUGGAAGGCACGGACGAUGAUUGGGUGUUUUCUUCUAAUAGCCCAGGAAUGGAAAGUCAGCCGAAAGAGAAACCGCAAGAGAAAAAAGCAGAGUAUGUUCCGAAAAUGCUGAGUAGCUUGAGUCCCGAGAAGUCGGCUCCAAGGAACUCGACUAACCAAACGUCACAUCAGAAUGUCCCGCGCAGUCAGCUGGGCCUCGCAAGUCAACAGUUUCCUCCAUAUCGUUCUAAGGCCAUGCUAUCACAAUCUAGACAGAUAGGACUGUCGAAUAAACCUGUUGUUCCUCCUUUCCAGCCAUCGCACAAUGCUUCUUCGCAGUCAGCGAGCAACAAUCAUUUGGUCCGCCGUUCUGGUCGUACUCGCCACAUUGAGAAAAAAAUUGAUGAUGAGAUCUCGAUUAUGGUGCCUGUCUGCGAUGACACGUCUCCUACGUUGAACACCGCGCCUCUCCCCUCGAGAACAAAACGACCAUUGAUGGGGAGUGAGAUGUCGGGUCCAAGCGCCAAGAUGCCGCGGUUGGACCAUGGGAGGCAAAAUGUCAAUGCUGUUCAGCCUCGCCAAGUAGUCAAGAGACUGUCCUUUGACAAUCCUGGUAUGAAUCACUCGAAGCCAUGUGCCAGUGUCCAACCGAACAGAUCGACACAGAACAAUGUUGCUAUGAAUCCACGGAUUAAUUUAGGUACGCGGCAAGCUCAUAAUAUCAACCUUGCCAAUCAUGCAUCGCCAAGGAACGAUUUUGCUAAGACGAGUAGUCAUGGUUUGAGACGUGGUUCCAAUGCUGGCAUCAGUCAGGGUGACAUCAAUACGGACAAUCUACCCAAGCUUGGUGUACAUGAAAGUGGUAAAGUAGAGGACAAUAACUUCUUAUUCAAGUGCCAUCUGUGUGGCUUGGAGGAACAAUAUAGUGUGAAUGCGACCAACAAGAUUUACAACCAUCUCCAUACAGUUCAUAAGGAGGAAGUUAUUCAUAUUGUUGACUACAACACGCAAGGAGAAGUUCACUUGGUUGAGGCCAUGGGACAGCCGCCCACUAUGAUUCGCACGUCAAAUUUCUCAAAACCGUUGGAUCGUGUUGAUUCAGGUCAACGUUCUAUGCCCAAUCCCCCAGCUUAUUAUGGGAUAUCCUCAGAACCUACCCUUGGUCAGGGUCCACCGAAUACCAAUUGCAUUUCAUCCGUCCCUUCUGUUGAAGGUGCUUGGUACAAUAACAUGAAAAAUAAAUCGUUUACUAAUAAUAAUAAUAAUAUUAGUCCACGAAAUGUGCCUCAAAUGCGUGGGAAGGUGUCGCCACAGUAUUCCCUUCGGCCAAAGACGCCACCAAAAUCGUAUAGCCAGGUGACUCCGCCAAAGUCAUUUGGACAGCCGACACCCCCCACCACUCCACCAAGUCAGAGUCAUCAGUCAGUUCUGUCACGGCGAUCCCUGCCACGGAUAAACUACUCUGGGGUGAAAUCAAGCUUUUCGGGUACAAAGUUCAAUCAUUCCGGGAGUAAGUCAAACUUUUCUGGGGCAAAGUCGAACUUUUCUGGGACCAAGUCGAACGUGUCGCGCUCUUUCAUUGUUGAUGAUGAUGAUGUAGUGUGUUUGGAUGAUGACGUUAUAUGCAUCAGUUAGCGAGAUAUCUGUUGUACAUUUAGAUGUUUAUUACCAGAGUGCAUGAAAAUUCUACAGCCGUUUUCCUGUUUUGAUGGAUCAGGUUGUUUUCGAUCACUCCAGAGUGCUUUCCGAUGACAGUGUGUCCACUGAGUCCAAAAAUCUCCAAAAAAUGUCCUGAAAACCAAAAAUGAAUUUCCGGACCUGUAAAAAAUCCGGACUAAUUUGACCAUAUGGUCUUCAAAAGUGUUUUACAUUAAUUCAUCGGGACAUUGUGGGGUUAAGAGUUAUAUCUGUGGCAUUUGAUUAUGGUGUCUUGUCAUGUCUGAUUCACUUUGAAUGGAGCACCAAUAAAAGCACCAAAAUGAUUCAUAGUUCCACGUAUCAUGUGCUACAUGUAUGCUACAUACUAAAAUUGUAUAUUUCUGUACAGACUAUAUUUUUAGACAGACUACUUCUGAAUGUUUGCUGUAUUUGUUAAGUUCAUAAGAUGUAAGGGACGAGAGUAAGAAUCAUUUCACAAGUUAUAAAGCGUUUUAAAAAUGUAUGGGCAUAUUCAACUAAUUUUCACUUCUAAAGGUUGUACUUGUAUAAUAGAAAGUAUUUGGUUCCAAAACACGAUAAAUGCCAUGUCUGAAAUCAAGUGAGCUUUCUGUUAAAGGUGGAUCUGUUAAAGGGAGACUCCAGGGUCAAAUUGUUUGUCCUCAGGUGAAUUAUAUAAACAGUUUUUGGGACUGAUAGUUGUGUUGAGUUAAGAGAGACCCCUGUUGGCACCUUUUUGUAAAUUCCUCAAUCCAUGGUGAUUGUUUGUGAAAAUAUGAAACUAUGCCAAGGUGUUAUCAGGCCCUCUUGAAUCUCCCCUCUCAGUUCGGUGUUCUAAUCCUAUGACUGAGGAUGACAGAUCUUUCCUCGUAUGCCAUAAUAUGAAUUGAUGGGUAGCUCGUGAAGGCGGCAUCAACUUAAAAAUUCCAUUUGGUUGGUUUGUUUGGGGGGAGGGGGGUUGUCGGUAUGUCAAGCUACUGUGAACCUAUUCUGUUAUUUGGAAAAAAGAAUACUCAUUCUUACAAUACUUACAAUACUUACAUUCUUACAACUGUUCUCCUUCGAUAAUCUUUCCCAAUCCAAAUGUGCCAAUCUUUUCACUAUUCUUGUCUAUGUGUUUUAUUCUGUUGUUUCCAUUGAGGUGACUUUUGCAUUAGCAAAAAAAUGCCAAAUUCCUGUGCAUUUUUCUGACUAGUUUUAAAACGACUGCUGUUGCUAUGAUUGUGUUGUGCAGCUUUUGUCUUCACAAAAAUCUUAAAUUCUGGUCUAGCCUUGCCUUUCUUCAUCAUUAUUUGGGUUUCGACUAUAAAUGAUUCGGAACUGAGUCCGUGAGUGAUGCAGACACUCACUGAUAAAGUUGAGCGGUCCACAAAGAUUAAUUGAGGACAGAUUGCUUAUGAUUAAUGAUACAUGUAAUUGGUACCACAUCAGGUUUCUAAAAAAUGUUGAUUGGAAAAGCUGAUUUGUUUUGUUUGGCAAUGAGCAUUUUAAAAUCCAUUUGUUGAAGGGGAAUUUUGUUUUACUGUUAGCACCAAUGAGAGUAUUUCUGUUUAUUCUAAUAUAUCUAUAUUCUCUAGUUUCACCCUUAUAAGAGUAAGACCGCUUCAUAUAUCAAAUGAUUGAUAAAAAUCCCAAGUUGGAAUAUGACGUCAUGACCAUUUGACAACUUAGUUUCGCCAACCCAUUGUCUAUCCAAAUUGAGACAUUUUCAAUGGCAUCAAACAACCAUGUGCUUAAAGGGUAACUCGUGUCAAAUUUCACCAUAUAAUGUUUUAGCUGUUUUUGACAAAUGACUACGUCACUUUUUCAUAAAUCGGUAAGGUUUUCGAAUCGAAAUGCACAUUUUCUAGAAAUUGAUGGUUUAAUCCCACCCGGAUGGCUCGCUUCAAUGCCGUUGAAAUUGUGCUACGCCGACGACGUUUUCGUUGAUGAUGUCACAACAUGAACAUUUUCGCGGUCGCGGUGGUUUACAUUCAGCGAUUUUAUAAUAAAUCUAAUCAAAAAUGGAAAAUUUGAGCUUUACAUUUGUGAUCAACAAUUAAAAACUGACGUAUUUCCGCAAAGUUGUAAAACACAUCAUAGUAUCACUUUAAUUACGUACAUUUCUUGAAUGAUCAGGUACGUUCUUACAUUGUUGAAACUAGAGGUCUGUGUACGUAUCUUGUAAAUACACUACAAAUGUAUAAUUACCCUGCCGCAUUCCUUUUAAAUUGGACUGAAAAAAGCCUGCCUCAUGACUAUGUUGUAAAAAUUUGGUAGUAUUUUGGAAGCAGCCUGAAUCCUUUUGUUCCAGAACUUUCAAAUUUUUAGACUAUGUUCAAGAAGAUAUUUCAAAUCUAAUAAUCAAAAUUUUGUAGUGAUUGUCAUCCAUGACUAAUGUCUCCACCUAUUGACGUAUUGUCUCUUUACACCAAGUGUAAUCAUAGUUAUUUGCAAAAAUAAUUUUUGCACUCCUCCUUAACACCUGUACUUAUGAUACAUAACAUGUUAUAUACUCUUAAUAGAUACUGCCAGCUGCCAAAAUUUUGUGCCUCGCUGUGAAUUUUUCAAAGGUUUUUCCUACAAAAAGAUUUUCAUGACAUGUAAAAUUCUGCGAAAAGAAAACACUCGCGAAAAUUUGGUGGUUUGCAGUACAUUUACUUUGAAAAUCUCUAACUUUGUCAUGUGUUAUCUUGAUCUAUUAACACCUUCAGCGCCGAACCACGUUGAUCGACGUGGCCCAAAUCCCCCCUUUGAGCUGGUUAUCGGAGUCUUAUGGACUUCAUGGAAGAACUACGCCAUCGCCAUCUUCAGGGCACGGUAGGAACUGAAAAGACCAAGGUAAACACCAAACGGUCUUUUCAGUUCCUGCUGUGCACUGAAGAUGGCGUAGUUCAGAACUUUAAUGACUUCAUGAAAGAACUACGCCAUCGCCAUCUUCAGGGCAUGGUAGGAACUGUAAACUUCAGUUCCUACGGUCUAUUCAGUUCCUACCUUGCCCUGAAUAUGGCGAUGGCAUAGUUCUCAUGAAGUCCAUGAGACUCCGAUAACCAGCUCAAAGGGGGGGGGGGG